AUACGUUCGGUAGAUUACUCCUUUCUGCUCGUGGACGCCGCCGAGUAAGCAUCGUUGACGUUUCUCUCCCUCCACUGCCGUCAUGUCUAAGUCAGAGUCACCCAAAGAGCCCGAACAGCUGCGGAAGCUCUUCAUCGGUGGUUUGAGCUUUGAAACAACCGAUGAGAGUCUAAGGAGCCAUUUUGAGCAGUGGGGAACGCUCACAGAUUGUGUGGUAAUGAGGGAUCCAAACACCAAACGCUCCAGAGGCUUCGGGUUUGUCACAUAUGCCACUGUGGAGGAGGUGGAUGCGGCCAUGAAUGCAAGGCCACACAAGGUGGAUGGAAGAGUUGUGGAACCAAAGAGGGCCGUCUCAAGAGAAGAUUCUCAAAGACCUGGUGCCCACUUAACUGUGAAAAAGAUUUUUGUUGGUGGCAUUAAAGAAGACACUGAAGAACAUCAUCUAAGAGAUUAUUUUGAACAGUAUGGGAAAAUUGAAGUGAUUGAAAUCAUGACUGAUCGAGGCAGUGGCAAAAAGAGAGGCUUUGCUUUUGUAACCUUUGAUGACCAUGACUCUGUAGACAAGAUUGUCAUUCAGAAAUACCACACUGUGAAUGGGCACAACUGUGAAGUAAGGAAAGCCCUAUCUAAGCAGGAGAUGGCUAGUGCCUCAUCCAGCCAAAGAGGUCGAAGUGGUUCUGGAAACUUUGGUGGUGGUCGUGGAGGUGGUUUUGGUGGGAAUGACAACUUUGGUCGUGGAGGAAACUUCAGUGGUCGGGGUGGCUUUGGUGGCAGCCGCGGUGGUGGUGGAUAUGGUGGCAGUGGGGAUGGCUAUAAUGGAUUCGGUAAUGAUGGUGGUUAUGGAGGAGGCGGCCCUGGUUACUCUGGAGGAAGCAGAGGCUAUGGAAGUGGUGGACAGGGUUAUGGAAACCAGGGCAGUGGCUAUGGCGGGAGUGACAGCUAUAACAACGGAGGAGGCGGAGGCGGCUUUGGCGGUGGUAGUGGAAGCAAUUUUGGAGGUGGUGGAAGCUACAAUGAUUUUGGCAGUUACAACAAUCAGUCUUCAAAUUUUGGACCCAUGAAAGGAGGAAACUUUGGAGGCAGAAGUUCUGGCCCCUAUGGUGGUGGAGGCCAAUACUUUGCCAAACCUCGAAACCAAGGUGGCUAUGGUGGUUCCAGCAGCAGCAGUAGCUAUGGCAGUGGCAGAAGGUUUUGAUUACUGCCAGGAAACAAAGCUUAGCAGGAGAGGAGAGCCAGAGAAGUGACAGGGAAGCUACAGGUUACAACAGAUUUGUGAACUCAGCCAAGCACAGUGGUGGCAGGGCCUAGCUGCUACAAAGAAGACAUGUUUUAGACAAUACUCAUGUGUAUGGGCAAAAAAACUCGAGGACUGUAUUUGUGACUAAUUGUAUAACAGGUUAUUUUAGUUUCUGUUCUGUGGAAAGUGUAAAGCAUUCCAACAAAGGGUUUUAAUGUAGAUUUUUUUUUUUUUUUGCACCCAUGCUGUUGAUUGCUAAAUGUAAUAGUCUGAUCAUGACGCUGAAUAAAUGUGUCUUUUUUUUAAAUGUGCUGUGUAAAGUUAGUCUACUCUGAAGCCAUUUUGGUAAACUACCCCAACAGUGUGAAGUUAGUAUUCCUUCAGGGUGAUGCCAGGUUCCAUUCAAAAUUUAUUUACAACAUGCUCUGGUGGAGAAGCUAUUGUCUUCUGAAACCUUGGUGUAGUUGAACUGAGCUACUGUGUUGUGACCUGGAGUUCACCGUGAAAAGGGUCACCCAAGCAAAGUCAUGGAGUUUUUUGAUUAUUAAUAUGAUUGUUGGCGCAUCCUAUGCAAUAUAUCUAAAUUGGAUUAUGGUACCAGAUAUAGAUGGGAAUGAAGCUUGUGUAUCAUCCAUUAUCAUGUGUAAUAAAUAAACAAUUUAAUACCCUCUUGAAUGGAAUGACAACUGUAUGGAUUUGGGACUGGCAGAGCUUUGGACCUUCCCUACCCGCUACCCCUGAUAAUGUUGAAUGCUUCUAUCACAAUUCAAGUUCAAAACUCUGCCAGAGAAUAGAAACCAGAUGCUGGCUAAUGCCACCCCAUAAAUCCACAAAUUAGAAGUUUUGGGGAGACCUUUUUAAACUGACCAGUACCAGUAAGGAAUUUACUCUU